GUGGUUACCAUUAGAGGAAGGCCGCGGUUACCAUUAGAGGAAGGGCCCGGCGAACAAGAGCCCCGGAGGCAUGAAAACCAGCGGGGCCGUCCCGGCGAUCGGUCGGUUGGUGUGGCGCCCGCUGAUCGGCCUCCGGCGAUAUAAAAAGGCAGGACGGCCGCCGACGACGGGGUGUGUCUGGUGCCGAUCUCCAACGACGAGCAGAUUCAGUCAUGUUCAGAAACGCUCUCCUCCGCUCCGCCCAAACCGUCUCGGUCGCCCGGGCCCCGGUGCUCUCCCUGCGAUCCUUUGCCUCGACAGCUUCCAAGGUUCAGACCCUCAACUCUCACCUCCGCGAGACCGACCCCGAGAUCUUUGAUAUCAUCGAGCAUGAGAAGCAGCGCCAGCGGGAUAGCAUCGUUCUGAUUCCUUCCGAGAACUUCACCUCGCGUUCCGUCAUGGAUGCCCUUGGCUCGGUGAUGCAGAACAAGUACUCCGAAGGCUACCCGCGUGCCCGCUACUAUGGCGGCAACGAGUACAUCGACAUGGCCGAGGAGCUGUGCCAAAAGCGUGCCCUCGAGGCCUUCUCUCUGAACCCCGCGGAGUGGGGUGUGAACGUCCAGCCUCUGUCGGGUGCCCCGGCCAAUCUCUACGUCUACCAGGCUGUCCUGAAGCCCCACGAGCGCCUCAUGGGCCUGGAUCUCCCUCACGGCGGACAUCUGUCACACGGCUACCAGACCGAGACCAAGAAGAUCUCGGCCGUUUCUACCUACUUUGAGACCCUGCCUUAUCGCUGCAACGAAGAGACCGGCCUCGUCGAUUACGACACGCUGGAGAAGAACGCCUUGCUGUACCGUCCCAAGAUCAUCGUUGCCGGCGCCAGUGCCUACUCGCGCAACUGGGACUAUGCCCGCAUGCGCAAGAUUGCUGACUCGGUCGGCGCCUAUCUGAUGGCCGAUAUGGCUCACGUCAGUGGCUUGAUCGCCGCCGAUGUGCUGCCGUCGCCCUUCCCCUACGCCGAUAUCGUCACCACCACCACCCAUAAGUCUCUUCGUGGUCCCCGCGGCGCCAUGAUCUUCUUCCGCAAGGGAGUGCGCAAGGUCGACAAGAAGGGCAAGGAGAUUCUCUUCGACCUCGAGGAAAAGAUCAACUUUUCUGUCUUCCCCGGCCACCAGGGUGGUCCCCACAACCACACCAUCACUGCCUUGGCCGUCGCCCUGAAACAGGCCACCAGCCCCGAGUUCAAGCAGUAUCAAGCUGAUGUCUUGAAGAAUGCCAAGACCCUGGAGAGCGCUUUCCGCCGUUUGGGCUACGACAUGGUCGCCGGCGGCACCGACACCCACCUGCUCCUGCUCGACCUCCGCUCCAAGAAGAUUGAUGGUGCCCGUGUCGAGCGCAUCCUCGAGCUGGUCAACAUUGCCGCCAACAAGAACACCGUUCCUGGCGACAAGUCUGCCCUGGUCCCCGGCGGCCUGAGACUGGGUGCUCCUGCUAUGACCACGCGUGGCCUGGUCGAGGCAGACUUUGAUGUCAUUGCCAAGCUCGUCGAUCGUGCCAUCCAGCUGACAAUCCAGCUGAACGCACAAGCCCCCGGCACCAAGCUCAAGGACUUCAAGGCCCAUAUUGGCGACGGCGCCAAGUUUGCUGAGAUCGCAGCCCUCAAGAAGGAGGUUGUCGAGUUUGCCCGCCGCUUCCCCACUAUUGGCUUUGAUGAGGCUGGCAUGAAGUACUCGUCCUAAAUGCUCUGUUGCCGUCGUUGGGAGCCUGGAGCCUCACGGGCCGGCAUUCCAUACAUAUUUCCAUACACAUGCUCCUUCAACACCCGCGACGUAGGCCCUCGUUGGUCGUGUACACACUGGAUAUACGCAUGUGUG